AUGACGGCGGAGACCUCGUCGGCACCCGCCGAUGAAAUCGUUGGUGCCAGCGGAAGCUCGAGCCAGAACACGGACGAGUCGGCGCAAGGCAACGAGGCCAAUGAGGCGAAGAAAGAGGAGGAUGCCGAGAGGCCGCCAGCACCCGGGGGUUCGCCUGAAACUGCGGAGUCUGAGCAGCAAGGAGAGGGUUACGGGGAGAUGAAGGAGCCAGAGACGGAAUCUAAGAAGGAAGAUGCAGCACCCACUGAGAAGCAGGAGAGCGGCGAUGUGGAGAUGGCUGAUGAGAAGGAUGCCCCUCCAGCCGAAGAGGUGAAGACGCAGUCGUCCGACGUGGAGAUGAAGGCGCAAGAGAACGAAGCGAAGAAUGAGGAUGACGAGUCUGCAGUCAAUGGCGAGGCUGAGGCUAAGGAGGGUGCUGCGGCAGACGCAAAAGCUACAGAAGCUGAUGUGGAGAUGAAGGAGAGCACCGCGGAGGAGUCUAAGAGCGAGAGCAAUGCUGAGGAGGCAAGAGAAGCUGCUGCAAAAGAGACCAAUGAAAACUCCGAAGAUGCUAAGGCGGGCUCGGAUGCGACAGCUUCUGGUUCGCCUAAGAAAGUCUCGGAAGCGCCGGUCACCCCUGUAAAGCUAGUCUCAUCUCCAGCUAAAACUUCUGCUAACGGUGAUGCGGCUACGAAAAGUGAUGACCCCAAGACUGUCGACGCAAAGCAAGUGGGAGCUGAUGCAAAGGACGAAUCGACCAGCCCCAAGCGUAA